CUUCGGGAUUAUUUAUAUGUUUUUUUCUUCGUCGAAAUGGCCAAAGUAGGAAUCAACGGGUUCGGCCGAAUAGGCCGUCUAGUGCUGCGGGCUCUCGUUGAACGUCAGGGAGUGGAAUGUCUACUUCUAAACGACCCCUUUCUGAACGUUGACUACAUGAAGUACAUGUUCCAAUUCGACUCAACCCACGGCAGAUUUAAGGGCUGCUGUGGAGUCGUGGACAACAUGCUGGUGAUAAACGGCAAGAAGAUCCGCGUGAGUUUCGAAAUGGAUGUGUGCAAAAUACCGUGGGCUGAUAGUGGCGUCUACUUUGUUGUCGAAGCUUCCGGUGCCAACACGACCAUCGAAAAGUGCCAGGGCCAUAUUGAGGCGGGUGCCAAGAAGGUGGUGAUCACAGCACCAUCGGCUGACGCACCCACUUACGUGGUUGGAGUAAAUUGUGAUUCGUACCAGCCUUGCGAAAACAUAGUUUCCAACGCUUCUUGUACCACCAACUGUUUGGCACCUUUGGCUAAAAUUAUUCACGAGAACUUCGGCAUUGAGGAAGCGUUGAUGACGACUGUGCACGCCACUACAGCCACGCAGAAGACCGUAGACGGGGUGUCCGGGAAGGACUGGAGGGGAGGCAGAGGCGCACUCCAGAACAUCAUUCCCGCAUCAACGGGAGCUGCCAAAGCCGUCACCAAAGUCAUCCCUGAUUUGCAAGGCAAACUCACCGGCAUGGCUUUUCGAGUUCCCGUACCCAAUAUAUCUGUGGUGGAUUUAACGUGUCGCUUGUGCCAGCCCACCAAGUACGAUGACAUCAAAAGAAAAAUAAUAGAAGAGUCACAAGGACCGAUGCUGGGUAUAAUGGGGUACACGGAGGACAACGUUGUUUCCUCUGAUUUCAUGUCGACGACGUACUCGUCUAUUUUUGAUGCUAAUGCGGGAAUAGCUCUGAAUGAUCGUUUUGUUAAACUGAUCGCGUGGUACGACAACGAAUAUGGUUACUCGAACAGGGUGGUUGAUUUGAUUAUGAAAAUGGCCAGCAAAGAAGCACAAUAAACAAUUUAUGUUGGGUUACGAAAAAUUAUUGUAUUUUCAAAUUAUUUGUUAUUUUUUCAAAUCAUGGAUAAAUUUGUCAUCACAUUAUUGUAUAUUUAUAAAAAAAUAAAUCAUAUACCGAUUA